UGAGUGACGAAAAAUCAUUGACUCGUGGAUGAGAAAAAGAAGAGGAUAAAAUAUUUAUCGAUCACAACUCCGGAGUUAACGGUUUGUUUACAACGCGACGUGUCGUUGUGCGCAUGCGCGAGUGAUACCAAAACAAUAAUAACAGAGUAGAAAGGUUCAUGGCUGGUGUUUGGUCAGAGUAAAAUCAUCCAGCGUAUGACUGGCACCAAUUUCAUCAUCACGAGACGCUAAAUCCACUGAAUACCAUUGCUGAUGUGAAUUAAAAUUGCUGGAACAAUUUGGGGAAAGUGUCUGGGACUCGUGUUGUACAUUAUUGUGGUUUGUUUUUCUCAGUGUUUGUGAAACAACAUAAACAAUAACGCAAGUGUUUUGAGGACUCGUUGGAAUUUAUUUGGGUGAAUUUUUGCGAAUCGUUCUCCCGGAAUUUUUCGCAACUUCAGCUUCAAGGAGGCAGAUUGCAGAUAUUUUGGAGGAGAGAAUCCAAAAUUUGGGGAGAUAUUUGAGAAAAUACUACAUGUGUGUGGAUCUACCGGAAACCUCGAUUAGGUACAGUAAUACACAUUGCAAAAAUUUCGCGGUGUUCAGUGAAAUAAUUGCGAGAACUAGUGAUCCAGUGGCUUUCUGGGUUUCGAGGGAUAAAUAAAUAAUAUAAAAGUGACGAGUAUUUAAAAAAAAAUACUGUUGUCAAGAAUUGUGAAGUCUGAAAAAAUCCAGAAGCUUCUCGCCGACUGUAAACAACAGAAUAAACACCAGAAUAAACAACAGAAAACAUCAGCUGAAGACAAACGAUGGAUAAUAAUAAAUUGAAUCACAGUUAGAAAAAAAUCAAGUGAAUGAUUCAUUGAUAAUCGUGCAGAGGGUUGAGUAAUUUUUGUAUCUCAAAAUACGGAACUGUGGGCUCGUAAAAUUGAGAAGACUGUAAUUUUGUCUGACGAAAUAUCUCGAGGCAGAGUUUUUGUGUGCUGGGAGCCCGACGGUUGGAUGAGAAAGCCGUUAAAAAAACCUAAAAUCCUUCUUUCUCAUUCGAUUAUUUCCUCUCUUUCCAAGAGGCGCGUGUUGGAGGCCUUUAACUCCCAUUCAUUGACGCACGGAUAACCACGAGUCAUAAUAAACAAUAUUUCGUCAGUUUGUGUUCUUUUUUUUCACUGACUCAACCGAGUAUAAACACUGCAACGUACUACAGCUUCAACUACUCAUUCAUUAUUUUUUAAAUUAUAAAAUACAGGAUUGGAAGGAGAGAAUUGUUUUUUUCCUCUGUAUCAAUCACGCGCUUUGUGAUUCAUCCGUGUUUGUUAUUGCCUCAUGCAUUGCACGUUGUGAACUGUUUAAAAAACAUUAAUUCAUAAUUAUAAACUGCAAUUAAUUAUUUAAAAUUAAUUGAGAGGAAUAAUUGACUCAACGUGGCUGAACUACUUGUGAAAAUAGUGACAAUUGACAAUUUUUCAUCUCCUGGGAAAGAGAAUCGAGAACAAUAAUUGAAGACUGGAAAAUUGAUUGAUAAAUAAACAAAAUCAGAGUUGAAAUAAAUAUUUUUUUGAAAUAAACUGAUGGAAAAAUCAAUGCUAGGACAUCCAGAGGAAUAAUAAACAACUGAAAAUAAGUGGUGAGGUGAUAAAAUUGGAGUCUCGUUGCUGUUGGAUAGAUAAAUCGUUGAGAAAUAAAAAUAUGCCGAGUGCUGAGGAGUCGACGUACCGCUUCAAGGUCAUCCCUGAGACAACGCAAGACUUCCUGACAGGAGACGUCGAUCUCCUGGUCUCACAGAUAAAGAAGAAUCUCCGUCUCUCAUCACUGAAGGCAAAAUCAACAUUUGACCAGAGGCGAGUUGCCCCUUACCUCGUCCCUUCGAGAAAACUCAGGAGAAUGGAGUACAGAUUGCAAAAGGGUAGGGAAAAGACUGAGGAUGAUCCCUACAAGAAGCUACGGGAAUUACUCGAGCAGGGAAGACUCAUUAACGAAGCUGUCAAGAAACUCCAGACAACGAAAUUAGAGGAUGUCGAUGACGAUGAGAACGAGAAGGACCACGUCGAGGGCAUCCACAGAGUCUACAGGAGAAAGGACUACUAUUACGACUCUGAGGAUGAGCCACUACCUGAUUUUUACGAUCCAGAGGUCUUGUGAAUUCGUUAGCUAUUUUUUUUUUCCUCGUGGGAGACAAAUAAAUUUGUGGGGUAUUAUUAAUUGAGGGGAUUUUGAUUCCUGGAGGAGAUUGUGAGGACUUUGUAUACGAAUUGUGAAGAGAGAUU